AGGAUGGACGAGCGUCAGAGAGAAAGAGAAGGUAGAGAAGGGGGUAGCAGGACUUAGCUAACACUAACACUGUCAGCUUGUUUAUCAGAGCCACAGUGCUGUGUUAACGACAUUGAUGCUGCACUUCCAGCAAAAUUAACGGAGUGUUCACCUUAAAGUGUGACUCAACAGACACAUCGUUUAGAGGUAAAAAAAAAAAAAAGGACAAAAAUGUGUUGUGAGCGGGGAUAGAGAGAAGACAAAAAGGGCAUCUCUGACCGCAGCAGCAGCCGCCGCCGCCGCUCGUGCUGUAGCCUGUGUGGGACGCCGUCAGUUCAGUAGCACAGCGCGAGCUCUGCUGUCGAGCACAACCAGCUGAUUUCUGUCAGUAAAAGCAGCAGAGGGGGAGAAACAGCAGGCUGUCAAAAUGAAAUUCACAGAGCAUCUCUCAGCUCACAUCACGCCGGAGUGGAGGAAACAGUACAUCCAGUAUGAGGCGUUUAAGGAGAUGUUGUAUGCUGCACAGGACCAAGCUCCAUCCGUUGAAGUCACAGACGAUGAUACAGUCAAGAGGUAUUAUGCCAAGUUUGAGGAGAAGUUUUUCCAGACUUGUGAGAAAGAGCUGGCCAAAAUCAAUACCUUCUAUUCUGAAAAGCUGGCCGAGGCUCAGCGAUGCUUCGCCACGCUGCAGAAUGAGCUGCAGUCAUCGCUGGACGCCCAGAGGGAGAGCUCUGCCACCGGGCUGGGCCUCAGAAGAAGGAAAACUGUGUUUGCCCUUUCACAGAAGGAGAGAUGCAAACAUAGAAACAUUAAGGAUCUGCAGCUGGCCUUCUCCGAGUUCUACCUCAGCCUUAUACUGCUGCAGAAUUAUCAGAACUUGAACUUCACAGGAUUCAGGAAGAUUCUCAAGAAGCAUGAUAAGAUUUUGGAAACUUCCAAGGGGGCAGAUUGGAGGGUGGCCCACGUUGAAGUGGCUCCAUUUUAUACAUGCAAGAAGAUCACCCAACUCAUCUCUGAGACUGAGGCUCUGGUCACAACAGAGCUGGAAGGCGGCGACCGGCAGAAGGCCAUGAAGAGGCUGAGAGUUCCUCCACUGGGAGCUGCACAACCUGCUCCAGCUUGGACCACCUUCAGAGUGGGACUUUACUGUGGAGUAUUCCUCGUCUUGAUUGUCACUGUAGUCAUUACAGGAGCCGUGAAGAUUGGUGGUUCUAAAGUCUGGCCUGUGGUCAGGAUCUACAGAGGAGGCUUCCUGCUAAUAGAGUUUCUCUUCCUUUUAGGGAUCAACACCUAUGGCUGGAGGCAGGCAGGAGUUAAUCAUGUCCUCAUAUUUGAACUUAAUCCCAGAAACAACCUCUCCCACCAACAUCUGUUUGAGAUUGCAGGCCUGUUGGGGGUGCUGUGGUGCGUCAGCUUGCUGUCAAGUCUUUUCUGUGAUGACAUCAGGAUUCCGAUGCAGGCCAACCCUCUGGCUCUUUAUGGCGUCUUCCUCCUGUUUCUCAUCAACCCGUCAAAGACCUGUUACUACAAGUCCCGCUUCUGGCUGCUCAAGCUGCUGUUCAGAGUGGUGACCGCUCCAUUUCACCAUGUUGGAUUUGCAGACUUCUGGCUGGCUGACCAGUUAAACUCUCUGGUGGUGGUUCUGAUGGAUCUGGAGUACAUGAUCUGUUUCUACAGCUUAGAGCUGGAGUGGACAAAAGAGGAUGGGCUUUAUAGUAACACAGAAAGCGUGUGUAACACCUACUCCUAUGGUGUUCGGGCGGUCAUCAAGUGUCUUCCUGCGUGGUUCCGAUUCGCCCAGUGUCUGCGGCGCUAUCGGGACACCAAGCGGGCCUUUCCUCAUCUGGUUAAUGCUGGGAAGUACUCCACUUCCUUCUUUGUCGUCACUUUCUCCGCCCUGUACAACACACACAAAAACUCCGAACCCGAACACAAAAUCUACCUGUACUUGUACAUUGCCUGUUUAAUUGUAAGCUCUUGUUAUACACUGAUCUGGGAUCUGAAGAUGGACUGGGGCCUGUUUGACCGAAAUGCAGGAGAGAACACUUUCCUACGGGAGGAGAUAGUCUACCCACAGAAGGCCUAUUAUUACUGUGCUAUAGUGGAGGAUGUGCUCCUGCGUUUCGCCUGGGUUUUAACAAUCACUCUCACCUUGCUCACCAACUUUGCAGACAUGGCUGACAUUCUAGCUACCCUGCUGGCUCCGCUGGAGGUCUUCAGACGCUUCGUGUGGAAUUUCUUCCGACUUGAGAAUGAGCAUCUGAAUAACUGUGGUGAGUUCAGGGCGGUCCGAGACAUCAGUGUGGCCCCUCUCAACGCCGAUGACCAGACGCUGCUGGAGCAGAUGAUGGACCAGGAGGACGGAGUCAGGAAUCGGCAGGGCAAGAAAAGCUGGAAAAGAAGCUACAGCAUGAGUCUGCGCCGGCCACGGCUGGCCUCACAAUCAAAGACUCGUGACACCAAAGUUCUGAUCGAUGACACCGAUGAUGACUCCUGACAUCAGGCCACGCCCCUCGCCUGGGUCCAGAAUUUAUUCAAAGGAGGAAACUCCGCCUCCUAAGCUAGAGAUUACCCAGCGAGCGGGCGUUGAGCACAAGAACAGGACGAGGUUUGACCUCUGAAUCAUUUUCCUAUCCACAAGCCUCUGCUGGGGUUCACAGUUAUUUCAAGGGAAGAAUUGUCAGCGUUUUAAAGCAGCUCUUCGGCUCCUCCACCUUCAAUAAAAACUCUUCCCGACCCAGUGGGGGCAUGAUCCUUCCUGAUGAUUACCCAGCAGUGGACUCCUCAAUUAUCACUCUGAGCAUCCUCAGAGCCUCAGCAAGAACAAUGCAGCUACUGAAAAAGCAAGCGUUGAGAGGG